UCAACAGAAAGGAUUUCUGAAGCCUGUAAACAUUAGCGUUGACAAAUUCGCUAGAUAAAGCUGCUUUAAACUAUGCCAUUAACCGCGUCAGUUAAAUAGUCGAAACGUGGUUUAUUUGCUUAUCACAUUUUAAAUACAUCUGGAGUGAAAGACGAACUUCUUUCUCUUAGUGCAGGUAUCUUUAGCUGUGUUGGGUAACACCACCAGCACAAUGACAGCUAUGUAAUAGCAACUUUUCAGAGAGGUCACAUGAAAGGCUGGCAUUUAUUGUAGCAUUAAUACUAAUUUGAGUAUGCAUGUAAUAAAAACGACGCCAUAAAAGCGUUUAAUAUGGCAGCGCUACUUCUACAUAUUGGUAGCAAAUGUUACGGCAAUCGCGUUUUGUCUUUGACAUCUCGCAUCAGCUGCUUUCAAAACAGAAAACUGUUUGAGAGCAAACAUGCGACUCCAAACGCACGAGGUUUAAAACCAGGACACGUUCAGGGCUGCGCACCUGUGAUCCCAAGACUUAUUGGACUUAAUUUCCAAUGUGGACAAACCUUUGCCACAAAACCUGGCAGGUUGUGGAAACUAUUGGGUACGACAUGUUAUUUCAGCACAUCCGACAGAAAACAGGAAAAGAAAGAUGGAGGAAAAGGCAAAACUCCAGAGGAAAAUGAAGAGGAGAAGAAGAGACGUGAGCAGGAGGAUCAGAUGUACAGGGAAAGACUACGCACGCUGUUUAUUAUCGCGGUCAUCAUGAGUUUACUCAACUCCAUCAACACCAGUGGUGGGAAUAUAUCCUGGAAUGACUUCGUCAAUGAAAUGCUGGCCAAAGGGGAGGUGUCGCGGGUACAGGUGGUGCCAGAAAGCGACAUCGUUGAGAUCUACCUUCACCCUGGAGCAGUCAUCUUUGGCAGGCCGAGACUUGCCCUGAUGUACCGAAUGCAAGUGGCCAAUAUUGACAAGUUUGAGGAGAAGCUUCGAGCGGCGGAGGAAGAAAUAAACAUAGAGAACAGAGACAGAAUACCAGUCACCUAUAGGCGCACAGGCUUUUUUGGGAAUGCCCUGUAUGCGCUCGGCAUGGCUGCCAUUGGGGUCGCAAUCCUAUGGUACAUCUUCCGACUGGCAGGAAUGGGCGGCAGAGAUGGCGGCUUUAGUGCAUUCAAUCAGCUGAAAAUGGCCAAAUUCACUAUUGUCGAUGGAAAGUCUGGGAAGGGUGUGAGCUUCAAAGAUGUUGCGGGAAUGCACGAGGCCAAGAUGGAAGUCAAGGAGUUUGUGGAUUACUUGAAGAGUCCAGACAGAUACCUUCAUCUUGGUGCGAAGGUACCCAAAGGCUCUCUACUCCUGGGACCUCCCGGCUGUGGAAAGACUUUGUUGGCUAAAGCUGUGGCAACAGAGGCUCAGGUCCCGUUCCUUGCCAUGGCAGGUUCAGAGUUUGUUGAGGUGAUCGGAGGUCUUGGUGCAGCAAGAGUGAGAAGUCUAUUUAAAGAAGCCCGUGCCCGAGCACCUUGCAUCGUCUACAUCGAUGAGAUCGAUGCUGUGGGGAAGAAACGGUCCACCAACAUGUCUGGCUUCUCCAACACGGAAGAAGAGCAAACCCUUAACCAGUUACUAGUAGAGAUGGAUGGGAUGGGAACCACAGAUCAUGUGAUUGUCCUGGCUUCCACCAACCGGGCCGAUAUUUUAGACAAUGCUCUCAUGAGACCGGGCAGACUUGAUAGACACAUAUUUAUAGACCUGCCGACUCUUCAGGAGAGAAAAGAAAUCUUUGAGCAACAUCUGAAGAUCCUGAAGCUUACUCAACCGGCGGACUUCUACUCUUUGAGACUGGCUGAGCUGACACCGGGCUUUAGUGGGGCUGAUAUUGCCAACAUCUGCAAUGAAGCUGCCCUCCAUGCAGCCAGAGAGGGAUACAAGUCUAUCCACACCUUCAACUUUGAAUACGCUGUAGAGAGAGUCAUCGCUGGCAGUGUGAAGAAGAAUAAAAUCUUAUCGAAAGAGGAGCAGAGAGUGGUGGCUUUCCAUGAGUCCGGUCAUGCUUUAGUGGGCUGGUUACUUGAACACACCGAAGCUGUUAUGAAGGUUUCCAUCGCUCCCAGGACGAACGCUGCUCUGGGCUUCGCUCAGAUUCUGCCGAGAGACCAGUAUCUGUUCACCAAAGAGCAGCUGUUUGAGAGGAUGUGCAUGGCGUUGGGUGGACGAGCCUCCGAAGCUAUUACUUUUAAUAAAGUCACCACAGGUGCUCAGGAUGACCUGCGGAAGGUGACGCGUGUCGCGUACUCCAUGGUGAAGCAGUAUGGCAUGACACCCAGCAUAGGUCAUAUGUCCUUCCCUGAUUCUGAGGAUCAGGGGGCUAUCGGACGUAGACCCUUCAGCCAAGGCCUCCAACAGCAGAUGGACCAUGAAGCUAAGCUGUUAAUAGCAAAGGCCUACAGGCACACAGAGAAAACACUCUUGGACAACAGAGACAAACUCAUUUUGCUGGCUAAUACCCUGCUGGAGAGGGAGGUGGUGAACUACGAUGACAUUGAAGCUUUACUGGGACCUCAUCCUUUUGGACCCAAGAAGAUGAUCUCUCCUCAGAGCUGGUUGGAGGCUGAAAGAGACAAGCAGGACACUGGUGAAGAUGAGCCGCGUGGACCCAAGAAACCCCCACGCAGGAAGGAUGAUGAUGAUGAUGAUGUCAACUUGAACCCAGCGUGAGGCUUGCAAACAUUAUGAUCACUGGUCUUUUAUGGUCACACGUGGAUGUCCAGAAGUGGAUCGCUUACCUUUGAUUACCAAAAAGGUUGUUUUAAGGGAAAAUGCUUAAGGUUUGAUUUGUAGUUGACUAUUGAACAUAGUAACAUAUGUACAUAGCUUGUCUUCCAGGCAGUUCAUUUUGACCAGUAGUUAUAUCUGUAUUUAAAUAUGUGCACUUAAAUGCAAUCCAGACCUGAUUUUAGUUGUGACAGACAGAGGUAUUGGUCAGUGAACAUGGAAUAAAUGAUUACAUUUGUGA